UUUCGAAAGGCGCGUCCUGGCUCCGUCGCUUUCGAGCUCGGGCUUUUACUCGUCGACGAGCUUUCGUGCUGGAGCGUGUGUGUCUUUCUUCGCGUAUCCGAGAAACGAACAAGAAAUAAUAGGAGAGUAAAGGGGUUUCUCGCGUUCCUUGCGUUCUCCUGGACAAAUAUUUCCGCAUCUUGAACAGAACACGUUACGUUAGUUCCACCCACCGAGUGUAAAUCGAGUCGGUUCGCCCGCGAAAAUGUAACAACCGAGUGGAUAGGUUCCUCAGAAAUUGCUUUCGAUCGAGAGGUCAAGUUGGAAGAUCGGUCCCCGCGCUGUAGAUCGCCAGUGAAUCAUCUCGACGAGAAGCUCCAUGGCGUGAGGCAUCGGAACGGUGAACCGCCUACCCCUUUGUGAAAGUCUGAAGCUUGACAAAAGUCAGGAUGCACGCGGUUGGAUUGCACUCGGCGCUGGCCAUCAAGCGUCAGAGAAAGCGUCGGGACGAGCAGCGUCGUGCCCGCGAACGACGUUAUAGCGCACAAUCGGGCGACAGUGGCUUGACAUCGCCCAGGGCAUCGACCGGUUCUUUGGACCAUCACCCGAGACACCACAAAUCCGGCCAUUCGAAUCAUUCCGCUGGACAAGGGAUGUUGGACACAAAGGUUAUCACGUCGAUUGGAAUGCUUCACAUUGGCGUCGUCUUUCUGGUCCUCGGCGCGUUUCUCUUGAUGAGUGGUUUGCUACCCGGUGACUUGUCUCAGUGGGGUUCCAAAACUUCCAAAGGAUGGUGGAACGAACUGGUGGCUAUCGGAUUGUUCGCCGUUUUCGUCGGAGUGUUGUUGAUUAUCCUGAAUCGAGUGAUCGCUAAGAAAGAGGAAAACGACUUGGAGGAGUACGUUCAAAGGCAACUGACUAGAUCCAGAUCAGGACACAGACUUGAAAGAGAUGCGGAGACCGGAGUACUGACCACCAAACACACCAGGAGAGUACGACAGAUGCAGCAAGCAGCUUCGAGCGCAUCCAUCGAGACGGAGAACGAGAAAGAUUCGGGGUCUCCUCCUAGGAGUCCUCCACCCGCUUAUUCGCCUCCGCCGACGGUGAACGGGGAUCACCAGGCUGUGCAAUCGGCGCUCUACCUGGAGCAAAUUACCGAGGAGGAGAUCAUCAGCGACCGCGUAGAAACAUCGACGACCAAUAGCUUGAGCCCUGGCUCGCCCAGCGAGACCAGAGAAUUGUUACAGAACCCUCGGCAUUCGAAGCAGAAUGGAAACCCGCAGCAGGUUCAUCGGCCGCUUUACGUAUCUAGAAUCUAGAUAGGUGGAAAUCUUUCAAAUCGUUUCUAAAGUAGAACGACCGUGGAAAUGCCAUAGCGAGAGCCAGUUUCUGUUAGGCAAUUUAUACAAUGACAAGUGUUUUUCUAACCUGAUAUUGUGAAACUAUAUGUUUCGAACUUGUUCGCAUUACUUUCUCGAUUUAUCUAAAUUGGUCGAUUACAUUCGAGCGACACGAGAUGGAAAUUUACUUCGAAAUUACUUUCUAAUUACUUCCAAACAUACUUGGUAAAAGGCAAAUAUAUGUUCAUCAAACGAAGAACGUACGGAGACUCGAUGAGUAUCCGACCAUUCGGCAAGCAGUUUUCUAUAUCUUGAGGAAAAGUUAAUUGUUCUCGGGCUUACAUACUUACUGUUAUAAUACGCUAAGGUGAUACUCCGAGCUUCUGUAUCUUUCAUAUUCUGUCGGUGGAAAUUAUCGAGAACUCACAAGUCGUUUCUUGAGGCGGUCUUCAUAGAAUGCUAAUACCUCGGUAGAUCUCCGCAGUAACCGAUUUUAAUCAAACUGUCAAAUAUUUCAAGAAUUCCACGUUUCGAACAACUUUUUCCUUUAAAAAAAAUGUUGCUGACAUUUAGUUUCCGAGACAAUCAGGAAAAAUUGUUGGUAUUGUACAUUGAAUUUUAUAUACGUGAGCGCAUCUGUGAGACGAUUACAGGCAUAACCGCGCGGCCGCUGUGGCUUGCAUCAAUCAAUCCUCGAUUUUCUCAGGUUACGUGUACUCUUCCCGACAAAAGUUAUAUUAAUAUUGAAAUGAAUUUGCAUAGUAAAUGCAUUCCCCUCCCAAACAGACUAGCCUAUAUCGAUAUUUAGUAUCAGAGUAAAACUCAUUUCUACAUUUUCUCAUAUAUAUAUAUAUAUAUAUGAGAAAAAGUAUGAAAUUGUCGCGAUCGAGUCAAAACUUUUGUAACAAAGUGUACCCAUAUGAAAUCCGACAAGGCGUCAGCCGGUGCCCAGUCACGCGGUAUGCUUGCGGUCGUCUCAUGGACACGCUCACCUAUACAGAAUUCAAUAUAGUGGUAGCAAAAGUUUCUCGCGAUUAUCUCGGAAACUAAAUAUUAGCGACAUUCUUUUUUAAACGGAAAAGUUGUUCGAAAUGUGCAAUCCUUGCAACAUUUGACAGUUUUAUUAAAAUAGGUUACUGCGAGGAUCGUAAUUCUAUCGUGUUUAGUAUCAUUUCAAUCAGAAAAACAUAACAAACAUGAUGGCGAAAGUUUUAUUCAUUAAAAGUGAGAAAUAAAGAAGUUUGAUUUUUAAGUUAAACGUAUCAAGCUCAUCGUGAGCCUUUAAAGUUGCUGAACGCUUUGACUCUCAGUUUUUCAUUCUUUUUCCUUUACUCGCGUUGUUUUUUUUUCUACGCCCGCCAUGCUAAAAUCUUCGUUCCUUGGGGUGGAUUCGAUUCUAUCUUCAUAAUUGCAACCUUCCGGUCCCGUUGAGUGCUGCAAUUAUUCAAUGUUCAUUCAAUUAAAAGUGUGGUUACACUAUAUCUAGCUGUCCCAGUGAUCAAUCGUAAAUGUCGUCGAACGGACAAAGUACUGUGGGACCAAUGUUUCACUUUCGAGUCUUUGAUGUAAUUACCGCAGUAAAUUCAUUUAAACCGAAUUAAUAACGAGAUCGAUGAAUCUUUAUACUGGGUGAACUUAUUUCUUACACAGAAAAACUUGAAUACGACUUUAUAAAAUCUUGUCUAAUGAAUUAAUUACUUAUUGCUAUUCGUAUUUAAGUUGCACAGUUUUGAUACUAUUUGAUUUUCGAUUGCAGUAAACAAUGUAACCCCCGAUUUAUAUCGACUUACUUUCUUGGAAUUCAUUUCCUCAAAAAUGCAAGAUUCUGAUACUUUUCUUGACAUUUUUUUACUCAAAUUCUAUGUUUUUCUUUUUUAUAACGUGAAUUUUGUUUCAAGUAAUUUUCGUUUGAAAAGUCCAACCCUUAUACUGAAUAUAAAAUCCUGAAAUGCAAAUGGACAUUGCAGUACGACACAAAAGGAUGCAUAUCUCACUUCAUGAAACUGUUUCUGAUCGUAUUGUAAACUUUAUGUUUCGUUCAAAACAUGAAUAGAAACUUUUUCUUUUCCGUUUUUUAUACUUCAUAAGAAAUCAUUAUUUGUAUAAUUAUUUGCAUUGCAUUUUGUGUGAAAAGAAGCAAAGAAAAUUCUGUUUCUAUAGCGAGCAUAUUGCAAUUGAACUUAACGUUGAUAUUAAUGUGAGAAAUAUACAACGUGUUAAUUCAAACAUGUAAGCGUAUAAUACAAAGAGGAAUAUUAUUUUCAUGAUUUUAGUACUCGGAUUUUAUACUUUCAUCUGAAUUCGGUAUUACGGAAUAGCAGAUAGAAUAAUUACGAAUGAUACGUCAAACAGUGAAAAAUACGUACAAUUGAUUGACGAAUAAAUGAAUAGGUUUGCAUUGACAAUCGCUAACGAACAAUUUGUUUCUAGUAGAAUUGCAGCUGUUCAUAAAACAAAUUGCGAAGAUACAAAAGUAUUGAAUUAAUUAGAAUACAUAUGUUUAGAAUGAACCAGUAUGUUUUUAUGACAUUAAUGUGAUCGAAAGGAUUCGAAUAUAACUAAUUAAUAGCUAUAGCUGUACAAGCCGAAGAAACAAUUUCAAAUAUUUAACGAAUUGAAAGAAUGUGUUAUAUACAAUUGAUAUAGGACAAAUCAAUGAUAUACUUGCAGACUGUGUAUAUUUAAUUUGAAAUGCCUUACUAGGCAUUAUAUAUGCGAACGAAAUCACAAAAGAUAUUAAAAAUAUUAUUCAUUUUUUCAAUGUUGUUGGAUACAAAUUUGGUAUAAAUUUACUAACGGAAUUAAAAUAAUUUGUUUUUCUAUUAUACAUUAAACUCGUUAACAGCAAAAUGGUAUGUUACUUUAAAAUUAAGUAAAAAUAAUAUUUAUUGGAUGUGAUAUCUUUUUGUCACGUACUGUAGAAAUAAUAAUAAUAAUGACGACGAUGAUAGUGAUAAUAAUAAUGUAACACGGGAAAACAUCUAUUAGUGUCAAAGCCAUUGAUAAAUUGAUUUCGCUGCACUGGCAAGAUUUUUAUGUCACGAUGCCACUUUAUUUAGAAAGUAACGGUUGAGAUCUCGAUAAUUUAAGCCGCGUAUAGUGCUACAUAUAUUUGUAUCUUGAUGCAUGCUCUGGACGAUAUUCAGAUCGGAAACAAUGCAACGAUACAUGUACAGUCUUUUAAUAUCACGACGAAUGCAAACUGUACGCACAUUUAUCGUGCUAGACCGUAAAGGACAUGUCUGUCUCGAUAUAUUAUAUGUAAUAACAUUAAUUGUAAAGCUAUUGAAAUAAGGAAGGAAAUUUGCCUGGAUCAAUAAGAACCAGAUUUGUUUCUUCCGACAGCUAAACAGCGGUACAGAUACGUUAAAAAAUAUGAGAACUGGAGGUGGCUCUUGAACAAUUUUUAAUAUCCUCACAAAAAUUUCACGGAAUUGUUAAGAUUUUACGGAUAUAGUGACUAGUUAACAGUGGGCAAUGACAGGUCACCGUUUCGAUGUAUGAUUCUACGAACGAUUUAUUUAUAAAAAUAUAACAUCACGGGAAGAUUCACUGUCUAGCAACUAGUUCACCGUCUGAUCAGACUGUGCGAAGAAGUUUCAAGAAUGGUCCUGUAGACGCCAGUUGAUUUAUUCUUUACUUCGAUCAACCAUUACGCAAUUAGCUUGAAAUUCAUUCGUUGAUUCACUGACCUGCCAAUACAUUAAUCAGCGAAUGGGAACCAAAAUUCGAAAGGUUACGUCGAGUCUAAGGUAAAAGCAAAUCGAUCGGUUACACUUUUCGUCCAUUGAAGCUUUCAUACGGUGAUGUUUCCGUAAGGAAAAUUUAACAACGUUAAGAGUAAAUCUAACCAGGUUUUAAUCCCUGUUAGGGAAAUCAUAGGUAAUAGAUGUAAGGCAUUGAUUAGGACAUAUAAAAUUGUCCGAGCACUGGCGAUAGUUUACUCGAAUAUUUCGAUAAACGAGAGGAUUCAUAUCCUAAGCUAAGAAUAAGACUUGAAAAUCUAACGAAAGAAAAGGAGAGAGGGAAGACGCGAGGAUAUACGUAUGAAGCGAACUACAAAGACAUGAUGAGGAAUUCAGUGGAAUUCGCAAUGGCAAAUGUUCAUAGAUUGAAGAUCGGCGAGGUUAAUUAGAAUCAACUUAAGCAUCAUUUAAGAAAUACGCGCUCAAGGACCAAGAUUUAAUUAAUUCGAAAAGGGAAGUUAAGAAUUUUAACAGGAAUCGAACGUAAUAAAGAUAAAAGGAAAUACAAAACACGAAGAUAAUGUUUUCAACUGUGAGAUAUCAUUAACUAAUUCACUGAAUAAUCAUCUGAAUCUAAAACUCGAUUAGUAGACGUUUCAAGAAAUAUGAGGGAAAAGAUAGAAGUUUUCAACGCUAAUAUACCUACUUAUCAGAAAUAAUAUUUGUCUGAAAUUAUUACCAUGCGAAAGAAGCAUUAUUUAUUCAAACAAAUCUCCUCUAACAAUUAAGGAAAUCAAUCCCGAUAUUAUUGAUCUGAUAUUAGUCGUUGCACUUACGAAUGUUCGUUUCACGUAUACGUUUCACUAAUUUCUCUCGGCACAGAUACGUCGCCGCUCCAGAAAUACAUUCGAAUCUAGCGAUCGACUAAUCUGUUACACUUCGAUCACAGGUACCAAUUUGAUCCAGUAAUAUUACUUUACAGUUAAAACGACAUAUUGCAGAGCCUCGAUUAAUCGGUUUAACCGGAAGGCUGAUAGCCUGGAUAAAUUGAGACCUGAAGCGAAGAAACUGAAAAUAUAGAAAUACAUUCCGUUUUACGAUAUGUAUGUUUACAAGUAGAUACAUUCCCUUUUGAUUUUAUUAAAUUUUCACUUAGAAGUGUUUCAUCAUGUUAUUUUGCAUCUUUAACGGCAUUUAUUCCGGUGUGUCGUUACAUUGUUCCAAAUAUAGGAAACGUAAGUUCUAUCUCGCACUCUUUGCAAGAAUUCCUAACGAAGCCGUGAAAAAGAUAAUAAAGAAAGAUGUUAUCUAUGUGUGCGUCUGUAUUUAGCUGGAAAUGUCGAAGAACCUAUCAUGUAAUGGACUUUCUCAAUGUUAGGAACAACAAGGCGACAUAUUCAAAGGUGUUACAUGCGUGCAUAAAGGUGCAUCAUUCUACAUUCUGUAAACUGUAAAAGUAAACUUGGCUAUCAUGUUUUAUGUGAUACAUACGUUUCUGUUACCGAAAGUGACAAGUUAUGCAGUAGUGAAUUUUGAAUGCCUUAUUUUUUACAUAAUCCUAUUAUACCAGAUAACCGAGACUCUGAGUAAUCAAGACUACGGAUAAUCGAGGUCCCAUUGUAUCGAAUUUUCAUCGAAUUUUCAUCGAAUUUUCAUCGAAUUCCAUACAAUGACACACCUCGUUCAAUGAUUCAUCAAAGACAGCGAUUGUAGACGUUUAAAUAAAAUUUCUGAUUCGAGUAACAGUGAAUAACGUAUUAGAAAUGAAUAAUGUUAGAGUAUAUCAUGAACGACGUAUAAUUUCAAGUGAUUUCGAUCAAAGCUAAUGGAUGGGUACAUAGUUUAUUCAAACUGUUUCAACUUAAAUAAUUGUUAAGUAUUUAUGUAACUGGAGCAUGUAUUAUUUUGUAUUAGCUUAAAAGAUAGCCAAUCAGUAGACAAUCACUGUUUUCUGAUUCUGUUCUUGUAGUUUAAGUUAUCUUUAAAUAAUACGUUUUACUGGAUGUAAUCUAUCGGAAUAUCGUCAAUGUGUAACAUUCAUAAUGUUUUAGCGAACUUUGUCCGUGCUGUGAAAAUUGAUUACCAGAUAAGGUCAAAUUUGAACUAUUUGUUGGUAAUUCUUAAUAACUAAAGGAUUUUUGUCAAUCGACAAAGCUGUUCGAAUACGAUGCAACAUGGUGUUUUUUGUUGCAGAACUUAAAUGAUCCAUCGAUUUGAGAUUAUUACUCUUGAAUGUUGUUCUUAUGGCCGUCUCUAGUCACUACAGACCAGAGAAUAGUCCCAUGCAGCCCGAUAGUUGUGCAGUUUAUCCUCUUGAGUAGAUAAUAUUUAUAGGCGUCCGGUCUCAAGCGUAUACUGUAUACAGGUCUGAGAACUACUUUCGAGGGUUGCUCUCGUCUCGACGCGGACUUGUAAUUUUAUAAUUUUAUAAUUUUAUAAUUUUAUAAUCUUAGUUUUAACCUUAGGAAGAUCAAGUAACUUAUCUCUGUAACGAACCAUUUCUUUUCUUUUAUUGUUUACUUUCCAGACUAGCGAUAACGCGUUUUUAAUCUUUUGGUUAUGUCUUUAGUCUUCUCUAAUUCUUUAGUCUUCCUAUGGUUAAACUUCCUUUUGUUCUCUCGUUUUUUUGCGUAUGUCCACCGAUAAUUCUAUACCGAAUUAUAUGUACAUAAAUGCAUUUUCAACGGAUGUGUCCGAUUUCACAUACAUUGCAUUUCAAAUCAUCAGAUGAGACAGCUUCGAUCCGUUUGGUGUUCCAAAGUCACUUGUACGGAACAUUUAGUGUCCAGUGACUGAUAAAGCAGUACUGUUAAGAUAGCUUGUAAUUUUAAUAUUCUAUAUUCCAUUUUAUAAUGUCUUGGGUAUUUAAUUAUGAUACAUAAAUAUAUAAAUAUAUAUAUAUAUAUAUACAUAUACACGCUAGCUUUAGACGGCAGGAUUUUCGAAAACGACUUGGUCAAACAUCCAUUUGCGAUUCGAUAACGCUUUCACGUAAGUGAAGUGGUUGAAUGAAUUUUAUUAAAUGCGCCAGUAGAACACUUAAAACAUUUUUAGUUAUCGGUCGUUUUCGAAUAUCUUCAAUAAAAAAAAAUUGCCACGCUCGGGCGCUACCAUUCUGUGAUCCAAUGAAAAAUUAAUUAAACUCAUACCGAGAAUACGUGAAUAAUGUUCUUUCGAAGAAUCUUAUUCUGUACAUAUAUAUUAUUAUACAUCUCUACCUUUUUUAAAUUGGUGCACUGUACAUUAAUAAGUGACAAUUGAAUAGGGGAAUAGAAGGGGG